AUGAGUGAGGGUGAACCUGUUGCAGUGAAGGUGAGCCGUCGAAUCGCUGAUCUCGAUGAUGAGUCAAGUGAGGAAGAAAGGGAAGAAGGGGAUGAGGAUAGUGAUGAUGAAUCAUCAUCCAGUGGGACUUAUCCUGCACCAUCUGAUAGCGAGGACUGUGGUGAAGAGGGUCUGGAUACUGAUGAGGAUGAACAGUGGAAGAAGAGAGAAAGGCUAGAGAGAUAUGAACGUCGUUGGAUUAAGACAAGAUGUGCAAGGAAGAAUAGGGAAAGGCUAGAGAGAUAUGAAGGUCGUUGGAUUAAGACAAGAAGUGCCACAGAAAGUAAAAGUGAUGAGGAAAGUGGAGAAGUAGUAAAACUUGAUGAGGAUGAUAGCAGCAGUGAGGGACCUAAUGAUCCAGAAAAAGAGGCUAGAGAGAGACAAAGUCAGGAGAGAGAUGAUGCAGAAAUGUAUCUACUCUAUUUGGCAGAGAAAGCUCAACCCAGGAUAUUUGCUCGUACCAUGUCUGAACCCCUGAACGUGGAUUCAGACGGUGAGGAGAUACCAGGGAUGGAUGUAGAUGGAAAUCCUAUUGCAGCAGAGGUUCAGCAAGAAGAAAAUGAAGGAUCGGAAUAUGGUGAAGAUGAUGAGGAUGGAGGUUAUGGUCCUGCAGCUUCUACCAGCACUGAUAGCGGCGUAGACUUCUCCUAUGAAGAAGAGGGCUUUAACACCGACGAUGACGAUGAUCAGUGGUGA